AUGAAUCUGGAACCGAUAAAUAAUUCCCUAUCACAGUUGCGCGUGUUGCGCUCAAGUGUAGGCCAAUUGUUCGAUACGCUGGGAACUGGAGUGCGCGCGGACCAUGGCGAAGACGGAAAGGAGCAAAAAUUUCUCCAAGAACUGCAGGAACUGCUGAACUCCGUUAACGCUAACCUCAAAGAUUUUGAGUCCUGCAUAAACGACCUGGUGCCUCCACAAACUCCGUUGAAUCUAGCCAACUCGGCAUAUCUGUCCCUAGAAACCAAUCUCGAGAGGCAGGCUCUGUAUCCGCAUCUAGUGCAGAGCUACAAAUGGCACGACAAGCUGCACGAAUACAGCACCUUUGCCUCGACUCUACUUCAACAAAACUCGCUGAAGCGCUCGUACUACACGAACACCAAACGCAGACGUUCGCUUCCAUCAAGCCACCUGGCCACUCCUCAAAUGGUGGAAAAUUUGAUCGGAAGCAUUCAUUACAACAACAUGAACCUCAAAAUUGCUCGCCCGUUCAUGACAAACGCAAUAUUGCAUAUAACGAUUGCACGUGUCCUGCGGGCUGCCGUCAUUCUCAAAGGUCUCCUGAUCGAAUGGGUAACAGUGAAAGGCUACGAGGAGUCGCUGCUGGACGGGGUUGACGAGCAGUGGACGGAAUCGAGGUAUCAGGUUUUUCGCAAGGUACAAGAUCACGCACAUUCGGCGAUGCUACACUUCUUCUCUCCCACACUGCCGGAACUGGCCAUCCGCAGCUUUAUAACGUGGUUUAGGAGCUACGUAACGUUGUUCGCGGAUCCAUGCAAAAAAUGUGGUAAACAUCUGCACAACACGCUUCCACCAACUUGGAGAGACUUACGAACGUUGGAACCGUUCCAUGAAGAAUGCAAGCAGUGA